AUGUCUAUGAACGCAUUUCCUCGCAAUUCAUCCGACGAGUCUUCGGGUGAUGAAAAUGAUUUCUUACACCCAUCCACAGAUCCUAGAGAUGAAUUCGCAGAUUAUAAUCCGAGGAAACGGAGGCGCACUGGAAGGAAUGCGAAAGAGAGUGCGGCAUUGGGUGUUUUUGGGAGUGAGAGUGAGGAUGAAGGGGCACCGGGGAGGAGAUGGAAGAAAAAGAGUUUGAGGGGCAAGGGAAUGAGUUUUGUGGCCGGUGGGGAGAAGGCUGGGGAGGACGAUGAGGAGGAGGAGGAUGAAGAUGACGACGACGAUGACGAUGAAGCUGUCGAAACUGGGGCUAAUGAUGGGAAAGGAGAUGCAGACAUGAAGGAUUAUGAGGAGGAAUCAAUUGCCCCCCGAGGAUUAGGAUUUGGUGCUGUUGGCCAGGGUUUAGGUUUUCAAAGUCCUGCUCCGACUAGGUCGAAAAACACUGGACUAGGUUCUAAUGCAAGUACACCUUUAGGACGAGGCUUCGUGCCCUCUUCAGCGAACAAUCCAAUAUUAUUAAACGAUGACGAUCCGCAAGACUCGACGCCGCGAAUUGCAAGGCCAAGCGCGUUUUCUACACCCUCUAGCGGACGCGGUGGAAACAAAGCAGGUGGCGGCGCAACCCCCGUUAAUAGUAUGUCAUUUGCGGCAAGGAUGAUGGCUAAGAUGGGUUAUAAAGAAGGGCAAGGUUUAGGAAAAGAAGGCCAGGGUCGGAGUGGUGUUAUUGAGGUCACUUUGCGACCGCAGGGUGUAGGUUUGGGAUCGGUCGCUGAGAAAUCGAAACAAGAAAAGGAAGAAGAGAAAAGGCAAGCGAAAUUGAGAGGUGAGAAAAUCGAGGAUUCUGAUGAAGAGAGGAGGAAACGUAGAAGGAAACCAAAAACAAGCGGUACGGAUAGUGGUAUGAGUGGAGUGAGCACUCCUCGGAAAGCAGCGAAGCCGAAAUAUCGGACCGUGGAGGAAGUUCAACGAGCUGCGCCAGGGUUGGAAAUUCCGGAAGCAUUUGCACCAAUUCUGGAUAUGACUGGACCUGGUCAAAAAUUAUUAACGUCUACAUCUGGACUUUUGACACCUACUGCUGGACCGCCAAAAACGGAGAGCGUUGAAGAUAUCGAGAAUAGAAAACUGGCUCGAAGAGCUCAAAAUGAUUUAUCGGCCUUUGUGGAAGAAUGGAAAAAUCUUGAGGAAAGAAAAGCAUAUACCGAAAUGGAACUCAUACAACGACAGCAGGAAUUAGACGAGGAACAACGACAAUACGAGCAAAUGAAAAUUUUUGCGGGAAGUAUUCAGGGUAUUGCAAAGGCUGUUCACGAUGGUCAAUGGGAUCCAGUAAUCGAAGCAUUGAAAACCGUGGAUGGUCUUGAUAUAUCUGGGGCUAAUGAAGAGCUGUCAAAUAUUGCAGUCGCAGCUGUUCAUCCUUUUCUUCGCCAAGCUUCCGAGGGUUGGCAACCUCUAGAGGACCCCAAGUUAAAUGGGAUGGUUCCCAAUCUUUAUAAAAUUCGACAUAUUCUGGGGGCCGUGACUAAUGACAAAGUUAUUAUUAGUCAGGAUUCUUUCAUGAAUGCCUUACAUAAGAAUAGGGUUAAAUCCACUACCCCUUAUGAAAGUAUGAUCUAUAAGAUUAUUUUUCCUAAAAUCGUAUCAUCUAUCAAUAAGAACUGGGAUGUCUACAAUCCAGCCCCGGUGUUGGCAUUUCUAGAUGCUUGGCAAGGAUUGUUACCAAAAUUUGUCAGAUCACAGAUUCUGGAUCAGGCAAUAGUAGGCAAACUUAAUGAUGCUGUCUCAUCCUGGAAUCCAAAGAAGAGACGAAAUCAUGAACUACCUCAUCUUUGGUUAUUCCCAUGGUUACAAUAUCUACCUGCCUAUCAUGCAGAUCCAAAAAGCUCAACUGGUCUCGUUAGCGAUGUCAAGCGAAAAUUCAGGCAUCUUAUCGAUUCUUGGGAUUUCCAUAGAGGUGUCAUACCAGGUCUCAAACAAUGGCGCGAAGUCCUUCAUCCAAGCCCAAACAAUGAUACUUGGACUCCUCUAAUAAUGAACCACGUCCUCCCUAGCAUGGCGAAAUUCCUCAAAAACGAAAAGAAUUUUCUAGUCGACCCUAAUGAUCAAGCCCCCUACAUGUCUAGUCUCCAAGGUAUAUUUGCCUGGAAAGAUGUCCUUAAACCUCGCGUUGUAGGACAAGUUCUCAUCGGAACCGUCUUCCCUAUGUGGCAUAAUGUCCUACAUCAAUGGCUUACCGUCGUGGGACAUAAUGCAGAAAUAGGCGAAUGGUUUGAAUGGUGGCGCGACAGUGUUUUCCCGGCCGAAAUUCGAGAUCUUGGUGAAAUUCAACAAGAAUUCGAAAAAGGGCACGAGAUGAUUAAACGUGCAUUAGCCCUCGGCGAAAAAGCAAAAACUCAUCUCCCUGCUCCGGAAACUUCAUCCACUUCUUCUCAAGCAACACAAAUACCCCUUUCGGAGGAGAAACCGAAAGAGAAACAGAUAUCGGAAGAAGUAUCGUUCAGAGAGACAAUCGAAGAUUGGUGUAUUGAAAAUGAUCUCCAAUUUUUGCCCGAGAAGAAGGUAUUGCAUAGUGCGGGACCACUUUAUAGAGUUACUGCGGCGGGCAAUGGGAAGAAUGGUGUGCUGGUUUAUUUUAGAGGUGAGAAAUUGGUCGCGCUGCAGAGUCGAGGGGGUGGGAGGGAAAAGGUGGAGGUGGGGAUUGAGUGGGAGAGGGAGGAGGGGAGGGAUAUAUUGUUGGGGAUGGCGUGGAUGGGGGUUAAAUAG